AUGCCGACCGUCACAGCUUUGACACCAACUUGCUCCGGCAGGCCGAGCAAGAGUGAAGACGCCCUCACGUCCGCGACGACAUCCGGCGCCGACACCGCUGCCAACGACCAGCCGGCCCUCAACCGUCGCCGCCACUCCUUUUCCCUCCCGCGCCGCAAGUCCAUCGUCGGCCAAAUCAUGGAUACCGAAGAGAGCCUGUUGCUCAAGGUCGACCUCUUCCUCUCGGAGCUGGAGCGCCGCCUCGAGUUUAUCGAGCGCUACGGCGACAUGAGCCGCGACUACAACUUUUCCCGCGCCUUUUCCACCCUCCAGGCCGUCCGCACCCGCUGCUCCCAGGCCUCUGAGGAAGUCAUUGGCGCCGGUCGCCGCCGUCUGCAUGUCAUGGUUGAGACACUAGAGACCCGGUACCAGGAGACGCUGGCGGCGACCGAGUCGCUCCACGAAAAGGCAUGCGUCGGUAUUGAUCUGCUCGAGGGUAUGUUGACCGAGUUCGAGGAGCGUGCGCACAAGUUGCGCGAGCAGAGCUUUGCCAAUGCCGCCACCGCCGCUGGGGCCUUUAUGGGCGAGGGUCGUCGUGUGGCCACGGAAAGCAUCGAGCGUGCCAGAGAAGUCAUGGACGAGGGUUUCGAGCGCGCCAAGCGUGCCGCCCUAUCUCUGGAGGAGCAUAUCCAGCAAGCCAUCCUUUUGGCAAAGGAACGACGACUUUUGGCGUACCAUGAGCUGCCCGUCCCGUGGCGCAACAACCCUCACAUCCACAAAGGCUAUCGCUUUACCGAGACGAAGCUUGAGUGUGUGUGCUCCAUGUUCAACAUUUCCAACGAGUUUAUCAACAUCUGGUCUCACGCUCUCGGCUUGGUGCUGGUGCUUGCCAUCGCCUGUUACUUUUACCCGACCAGCACCAAUUUUUCGCUCAGCACCAAGAGCGACGUCUUUGUGGCGGCCGUCUUCUUUAUCAUGGCCUGCCUUACGCUUGUGUGCUCCGUCAUCUGGCACACGAUGAACUCUGUAGCCGACGUCAAUGCCAUCUCCAUCUUUGCAUGUGUCGACUACACGGGCAUCUCCUUACUCAUCGCGGCGUCCAUCAUGACGACCGAGUACACGGCCUUUUACUGCGACCCUAUCAGUCGCUGGACCUAUAUGCUGCUGACGGCCUCCCUCGGCGUGGGCGGCGUCAUCCUGCCCUGGCAUCCCAAGUUUAACGGACCGGAGAUGGCUUGGGCGCGCGUCGCCUUCUUCGUCGGCUUAGCCCUGACGGGCUUUAUGCCUAUUGUGCAGCUACUCUACACGCACGGCUCCGAGUUUGUUAUUGACUUUUACUCGCCCAUUCUCAAGUCGGUGCUCGUCUACUUUGGCGGCGCCAUCGUGUACGCGAGCAAGAUUCCCGAGUGUUGGUGGCCUGGCAUGUUUGACUACAUUGGCGGCAGCCACAACCUCUGGCACGCUGCCGUGCUCGGUGGUAUCAUGUUUCACUACACGGCCAUGCAGCAGUUCUUUGCCAAUGCUUUUGGCCGCGCUCUCGACGGCUGCCCUGCCUACUAG